AUGUCAGAGGGAGACAGCCAGAGCCUCAGCCUCAGCCUCAGCACCAGACACAGACACAGCCAUGGCUUAGUCACCAAGGGCACAGCCGAGAGCGCAGUGGCAGCCAAGGAUGCACCGAUGGAGUUACAGGCACAGAGCUGGAGCUGGAAUAAGGACUUAGCUGCGUUCAUUAGGCCUUGGAUACCCAUCAUGCUCGGGCUGCACUUGCAGUUCUCCUGCACCGCAUCCACUUCCUGUCCCGACGAGUGCCGGUGCGACAGGACGUUUGUCUACUGCAACGAGCGUAGCCUGACGUCAGUGCCGCUGGGCAUCGGGGAGGGCUAUGACAUCCUGUACCUGCACAACAACCAGAUCAACAACGCCGGCUUCCCGCUGGAGCUACACCAUGUCAAGUCCGUGGAGACAGUGUAUCUCUACGGCAACCAGUUGGACGAAUUCCCCAUCAACCUACCCAAGAAGGUGCGCGUGCUGCACCUGCAGGAGAACAACAUCCAGACCAUCUCCCGUGCGGCGCUGGCCCAACUGCAGUGGCUGGAGGAGCUCUACCUGGAUGACAACUCCAUCUCCACAGUGGGAGUGGAGGAAGGGGCCUUCCGGGAGGCCGCAAGCCUCAAAUACCUCUUCCUCACCAAGAACCACCUGAGCAGCGUUCCGAUUGGCUUGCCGCCAGACCUGAAAGAGCUGCGACUGGACGAGAACCGCAUCGCCGUCAUCGCCGAGGAGGCCUUCGAGAACGUCACGGCGCUCGAGAGCCUGCUGUUGGACGGCAACUUGCUGACGGACGAGGGCAUCGACCCGCUGGCGUUCCGGGGACUGGUGAACCUGCGGACGCUGUCCCUGGCCCGCAACUCGCUGACGGCGCCCCCGUCCCAUCUCCCGGCGGAGUGUCUGGAGAAGCUUAACCUGCAGGACAACCAGCUGAAUGAGAUCCCUGUGGGAGUGCUGUCCGGCCUACACCGCCUGGAGAAACUGGACCUCUCCAGUAACCAGCUGCAGCAGCUCACACAGGGGGUCUUUGAUGGCCUGCUCAGCCUGCGACAGCUGACCGUGCGUAACAACCUCUGGCACUGCGACUGCGGAAUCAAAUGGGUCACGCUGUGGCUGAAAGUGCUGCCAGCGAGCCUCAACGUGCGCGGGUUCAUGUGCCAGACACCCGAGGGCUUUCGCGGCAUGGCAAUCAGAGAGCUCAGCCUGGAGCUCGUCCAGUGCCCGCCGGGCACUGCCAGCGUGGUGUCGCCCACUGGCAUUGGCACCUCUGCCUCUGCCCCUGCCUCCUCUGCAGGGCUCACACACUCGUCCCACUCUGUCCCCCGAUCACCGCCUCUGCAGGGGUCACUGUCUCCCACACUAAGGGGUGAGGCGGAGCGGUCGAACCCGAACCUAAACGCCACAUUUGCAGUGGAGAACUCGGGGCAGGAGCCCUUGCUUGUGUCUCUCACGGCCGUCAAUCACACCUGCAUCCAGGUGAGCUGGCUGGCCACGUUCGACGUUACCGCAUACAAGGUGACGUUGGUGCGGAUGGGGGAGCGGGUGGUGAACGAGAGGACGCAGGAGACAAUGGUGCCAGGGGAGCUGGGCGGGGUUUCGCUAGCCAACCUGGAGCCCGAUUCCGCGUACCACGUUUGCGUGGCGCCGUUGGACGCUUCAAACAGCCACUACCCCGGACGCUACACAGUGUGUUCCGAGGUCACGACCAUGUCGUUGCCCGUGGGUAGCGAGAGCACUGCCGCAGUAGGCCCGGAGCAGGCCACGCAGCGGGACCUGAGCUCGCCGUUUCUGCUGGCCGGGCUCAUCGGUGGCGGACUGGGCCUGGUUCUGAUUCUGGCCUUGCCGCUGGGCCUGCUUUGCUGGCACACACGCCGGAAGGGAACAGGGUCAGGGUCGUCCUCCUCGACCUCGCCCAAGUGGAAGUACAGUCGCGGCCGACGGAAAGACGAUUACUGCGAGGCAGGCACCAAGAAAGACAACUCCAUCCUGGAGAUGACUGAGACCAGCUUUCAGUUAGUGUCCUUGAAUAACGAGCAGCUCCUGAAAGGGCCCUUUCACAUACAGCCCAUUUACGCAGCCAACGGCAGUGUGGCCGGGCCAAGACAGAGCAGCAACGGCUCCGGGAAAUCUAGCACAGCACAACAUCACAACAAGACCAAUCACGGUCCCCCACCAAACUCAAACGUUUGCCACACGAAAUGA